CCCAAACCUGAAGACACACCCCCGGAGGCACCAACCACCAAGACAGACUCUCCGACCACCCCCAAACCUGAAGACACAACCAAGGCAGAUCCUCCCACCACCCCAAAAACUGACGAGACAACCCCACAGGCAGCAACGACCAUGGCAGACUCUCCAACCACCCCCAAACCUGAAGACACAACCCCAGAAGCACCAACAACCAAGGCAGAAUUGCCCACCACCUCCAAAGCUGAAGCCACAACCCCGGAGGCAUCAACCACCAAGGUGGCAUCUCCCACCACCCCCAAACCUGAAGAGACAACCCCACAGGCACCAACCACCAAGGCAGACUCUCCAACCACCCCCAAACCUGAAGACACAACCAAGGCAGAUCCUCCAAGCACCCCCAAACCUGAAGACACAACCCCACCGGAACCAACAACCAAGGCAGACUCUCCAACCACCCCCAAACCUGAAGCCACGACCCCGGAGGCACCAACAACCAAAGCAGAUCCUCCAACCACCCCCAAACCUGAAGACACGACCCCGGAGGCACCAACCACCAAGACAGACUCUCCGACCACCCCCAAACCUGAAGACACAACCAAGGCAGAUCCUCCAACCACCCCCAGACCUGAAGACACAACCCCAGAGGCACCAACCACCAAGGCAGAAUUGCCCACCACCCCCAAAGCUGAAGCAGUCACAACGGUUUCAGAAGCAAGAGCAGAGAAGGAAAUUACAACUCCUGCACCCAAAGUAACAACCAGCACAAUAGCUGACAAAAACGAGAAAACAUCUGCUGAAAAUGUUCCUGCUCCUGUAACCACAGAGCUGAGAACUGACAUGGAAACAACCACGGUCAACAAAGUGGUAACAGCACCCAAGAAAGACACAACUACCGCGCUUCAGCACAUGUUAACAAGUAGGAAAGACACAACUGCUGUAACGACAGCGAUAACAGCUCAACCAGGUGGCUCUCCUGAAGGACAGGACUUCCAGGAGAUUCCAAAUACGAGUCCUCCAGCCAAGCAGGCUGUGACUGCAGCAGCUGAACUGGGAACAACUACUGCGGACAAAAAUCCCGCAACAACGGCUGGGGAAAAAGAGGCAACGACCAUCAAAGAAACUAGUGUCACACCUGCAACAGAGAGGGAAGAGGCCACUGAGAAGGCCCCGAGUAUUCACAAGGCAGAGGAAAGUGCAGUUACCAAAGAGACCAGUACAAGAGAGAAAAAAGACACAAUAGAAGAAAUGUUUCUUGUUUCCAAAGGGACAUCCAAGCCAACUCUACAUUUCCAGGAGGUUACUGACACACGAGAUGAGCCUCAACCAUCUGACCCUGAAAAUCUGCCGGUGAAAGAGCCUGAGAUAAACAAGCCUUUAACAGAGACUGCAGACUUGCAAAUUGUACCUGGAGAAACACAAGAGAAAAAGGACGAGAAGGACCUGUGCAACGGGAAGCCAGCGAACGGCAUGGUGGCCCUGCCCAACGGCACCCUGGCCGUCUUCAGAGGUCACUACUACUGGCUGCUGAACGGCAGGAACCCGCCAACCACCAACCCCCGCCGGAUCAGCGACGGCUGGGGCAUCCCGUCCCCCAUCGACGCCGUCUUCUCGAGGUGCAACUGCGAUGGCAAGACCUUCUUCAUCAAGGGUCCCCUGUACUGGCGUUUCACUAACGGCGUUAUGGAUAAAGGGUACCCCAAACCUCUUGCAAACGGAUUCGCAGGGCUAAGUGGGAAAAUAGCAGCAACCCUCCCCGUGGCAAGAUACAACAACAGACCAGAAUCUGUUUAUUUUAUCAAAAAAGAUGGCAACAUGCAGCAAUACGUGUACAGACAAGAACCAGCCAAGAAAUGUCAAAGAAGAGCCCAGGUUACCAUCAGAUACCCAGCUUAUGUCCCAAGACUCAUCAUAAGGAGACGCUUCCCACGUGCAGUCAGAAUGCCAACCGUUAUUCAGACUGUCAGAAUCAACCCAUAUCCAUCUGGAGUUCUGCGUAAGGAAAUCAAAAUGACUGCCUACUGGAGAGGGCUCCCCAAAGUUAUCCACUCAACUCUGUCGCUACCCAACCACAAUAAGCCCGACGGCUACGAUUAUUACGCCUUCUCUUACAAUCGGUACUACAGUUUGGACAUUGGCAAAAGAAUAGCAAGACCUGUCACCGCUCUCACAGGAAAGACUGUAUCCAAAGACUGGUACAACUGUCCUAGCAAGUGA